CCCACUCUCCAUCCUCAGACAGCACUCAGGAACCUGCCAGUGCAGCCGGACCUUCCUCACACCCUCACCAUGAAGGGCCCCCUCCUCGGAGGCAUGUUCUCCCGGCAUGUCAAGCGGCACCCCGGACUCAUUCCCCUCAUUGGCUUCAUCAGUGUCGGCCUGGGCAGUGCUGUCCUGUACUUAAUGAGGCUGGCGCUGUACAGCCCGGACGUCAGCUGGGAUCGAAAAAAUAAUCCUGAGCCCUGGAAUAAGCUGAGCCCCACGGACCAGUAUAAAUUUCUGGCAGUUUCCACUGACUACAAGAGCCUGAAGAAGGAUCGUCCCAGUUUUUGAGCUACCCCAGGGAUGGACUUCUGCACUGGGGCAGGGGAGAGCAUGCCCAUCCCCCAGCAGCACCACCACAGCCCCCACCAGCCCUUCCAGCUCUUGCCUGCCCCACAGCUCUUUGAUGAGUCACCACACACACAGGCCUGACUGCUUCCUCAGCACCCCCAAAACAUGGAGUUGUACCCCCCGCAAUAAACUAUAUCACUCCAGGA